CUAUCUUCUCCUUUUCCUUUAUUCCAAGUGGAAUUACAGUUCCUUGGAUCCAUCUUACCCACAAGGCAAGUCUUUUGACCUUAUUACAGAGUCAAGGGCCAGAGAAUCAAGGCGUCGCCCGAGAUUCCGGAAUUCCGAAAUUCCAAACACCACAUUGCAAAAAAUUAACGUCAUUGCAGCUGCAUCCUGCGAUAAAAAAUUAACAUUUUGAAAUUUUACCACCAUUGUUUCAAACUUGCACUAUUUAUCCAGCGUUUAACAUGUUCAUGCUCAAGACCUUUAGACCUCUGUAUUUAUCGACACGUCAUGUCUCUUCGACUGGCUUGCCAUUGCUUGCACGCGCUCUCGCCACCCAAGCGUCAUCGGACAAAUAUGCAGAAAUUCUGGCCGCCAAACACGACGAACUCAAAGACAUGGAUAGAAAGGAAGUAGAAAUCGAUGGCCAGAGUAUCAUGCUCUCGCGACUGAACGGUCGCUAUUAUGCCACAUCCAAUUUCUGUACGCAUUAUGGAGGAAAAUUGUCAGAAUCACCGCUAGCUUCUGAUGGCCGUGUGACAUGUAAACUUCACGGCGCGUGCUUCAACGUAAAAACCGGUCGAGUCGAGGAUGCACCGGCGUUGGAUAAUCUUAAUACGUAUGAAGUGUGUGUCAAGGAUGACGGUAUUUAUGUGAAAGCGGAUCGCAAAGCACUCAAAGAAGCUCGCCAUCUUCCGCCUUAUGCCAAACGCGACAGUGAAAGUAAAGAGACCGUUGUUAUUAUUGGCGGUGGAGCAAGUGGAGCCUCCGCUGCACAGAAACUUCGCGAGGAAAAUUUCCGAGGACGCAUUCGCAUCGUAUCGCGCGAAAACUAUCUUCCCAUUGACAGAAUCAAAAUCACGAAGCAGCUCGGUAUCAACGACGUUAACGCUAUCACCUUACGAUCGCAAGAAUUUUGGGAUAGUUUGGAUAUCGAGUUCCAAUUGAACACGGAUGCUGAUUCCGUGGAUACACAAAAGAAGCAAGUUUUGCUCAAUAACGGCGAUAAGUGGUCUUACGACCAUUUGAUCUUGGCAUCCGGUGGAUGGCCGAAAAAACUGGGUCUGGAGGGAGAAAAUCUGGGAAACGUGUUCACCAUGCGCACAUUGGACGAUAAUCGGAACCUUGGAAGAACCAUUCACAGUAUCAAAAAGACGGCAGGACGAAAACCUCGCGUCGUCAUUAUUGGAUCUUCUUUCAUUGGCAUGGAAAUUGCAGCGGCUAUCAGUGGGGAAGCCCAGGCGACGGUAAUUGGCAAAGAUGCAGUGCCUUUUACCAAGAUUCUCGGGGAGCAAAUCGGUCAAGCGCUUCAGAAAAAACAUGCUUCCAAAGGCGUUCAGUUUAUUAUGGAAGCCGAUGUGAAAUCUUUUCAACCAAAAGCGGACGAUCCCUCCAACGUGGGCAGUGUCAUUGUGGAUGGCAAAGGAGAAAUUGACGUGGAUGCCGUGAUUGUGGCCGUCGGCGUGGCACCACAAACGAAUUAUCUGAGUACAACGGAUCUUCCAAUGGCCAAAGACAAGAGUCUCAUUGUUGACGAGUAUUUCAGAGUCAAGGGAACCGACAAUGUAUAUGCAACAGGGGAUAUCGCCACUUUCCCUUAUCAGCAUACAGGCGAGCAAACAAGAAUCGAACACUGGGGUUAUUCCGAGAAUACAGGACGAACCGUAGCAAUGAACAUUGCCAAACACAAUGACAAACAUCCAUUCACGCAUAUCCCUUAUUUCUGGACAGUUCAAUUUGGAACGACUUUACGAUACGCUGGACAUGCAAAAGCAUUUGACGAAGUCAUCAUUAACGGAAAUAUCGAUCAAGUCGACGACUAUUCUUUUGUGGGAUAUUACGCGAAAAAUAAUGAGAUCUUGGCGGUUUCUUCUUAUAACAAGGAUCCGGUCGUGAGUUACUGUGCUGAAUUGCUUCGUAUUGGUAAAAUGCCCACCGCCGCUGACAUUCGCAAGGGUAUCGAUCCUUUGAAAAUCCCUCUUGUCGUUUAAAUGAUUUGUCAAUGUUUUCGCCUCGGGAGACUAGGAGAUCUGCCUUGUUUGCCUCACACGUAAAAUUCUUCUUAUUUAUUUUCAAUACUCGUAACAGCUGUUGUGAUGAACCAAAUAUACAUGUACAUAUUUUUACCGAGAUAAAGUUGCGUCGUGUAAUUGUAUUGAAUC